AUGUCUGAUGAUGCCGAUUCUUCGGCCUCUGCCGAGCAGCGGUCAGACUUAUCCAAUGGCUCAUCGAUAUGUUCUUGGUGUUCUGGUCCUGGAGAGAAUCCCACAGGCAUAACCGGCUGGUAUGACGCUGAUUCGAUCCAUUCAUCCUCCUCUCAAGAGGACCAAUCAGAGAGCAACCGCUCGUCCAUUCGUGCCUCUGUCCAAGAGGACCACUCCGAGGUCCCAUCACCUGAAACUCCUGCAUCUGGUCUUGAUGAUCAAGCUGAUCCGGUUCGGGAUGAAGAAACCUCAUCUAGUGCGGGCGUAGAAGAUGCCGUGGAUGGUGACCCAGCCCAAUCGAUGGACAAGGAUGAGGGAGAAAACUUGGUGGACGAGGAUCUGGACUCUGUGUUGGUCAAGUCGAGCGAUGAGCGUGACGGGGAAGUUGUGACGAAAAUCGAAGCCCUCAUCCUUGACUUUUUGCGACAACUCAACUCCGAUCCCCCAAAACGAAUAUCCAUCUCGCUCAAGGGUCGACCGAAAAUUGUAUUUCCAUCUAGUCGUCGGGGUAUCGAAUCAAUCGACAAGCUGGCUCAGCUUUGGAAGCUCUUAGCGCUCAUAAGAGGUGCGAUUUCCGACAACCAGGUCUUCACGAUUCGGGAGGUGUUUGAAAGUGGUGCAGAACUGUUUGAAAGCCAAGCAGCAGUUGACAGCCUCGUCAAUGAUCUGGCCGUCGCUUUUGAGGUCACUUGCGAAGAACUCCACAUUGUUGGAUCAGUCAAGAGUCUCUUUCCAGUCUCCAGUCGGUUAAGUAUACAGAAACUCCAGGACAUCCUUUCCGCACACAAGGUCCCGUUCAACGAAUCGGAUAGGCGCACAGUUCUGGUGCCCCUAUACGAGGCGCUCAAAAAUUCCAAAAUUAAUGCCACCAUGACCGACAAAAAGCCUACGAAUGAUGGUAAUUCUGGAGGAAAUUCGGCAGCCAGCUCGCAAACGGAUGGCAUGUAUGAUCCGCCUGGCAGCUCGCAUCAAGAAGUCUUUCGUCCACCAAUAGGCAAUCCCGGUGAAGAACGCGCUCCGACUCCGAGGCCCGAACCUGCCCCCCAUAGUCUCAACCCGAGAAUCUCUAGCGAAAACUUAUCAAACUAUCCCGAAUUUAAUUUUCUCAACAUCUUCGACAGCGUCUAGUAGACGUAAGAGCGCCGGAACACAGU